GUGCUUCCGUUUGCCUAUAAAAUGAGACCUAUGGAGAGAGCUUGAAACCUCACUCACCAUUUCUCAAGCAGCAGGGGAACACCGAAAAUGGCUGCCAUGUCAUUGAUUCCCCUCUUUGUCACCCUUCUCUUCUCAUCCGCAGCAGCAUCCGCCGCCCAAUCACCCUCCGUUAUCGUCGUCGGCGCCGGAAUGUCAGGAAUCUCGGCGGCGAAGACGCUCUACGAGGCGGGAAUCAAGGACAUCCUGAUCCUUGAAGCCAGCUCCAGAAUCGGCGGCAGGAUGAUGAAGGCCGACUUCAGCGGCUACACCGUGGAAAUGGGCGCUAAUUGGUUCUUCAGUGGAGGUCCUGUCGCUAACCCGGUCAUCGAUUUAGCGAAGAAAGUCAGCCUCAAAUCUUACCCUAAUGACUACUCCAACAUCACCGGAAACACAUACAAACAAGAGGGAGGUUUGUACCCGAAGAAGGACGUGGAAAAGGUGGACGAGGUGGCCGUAGCACGGGACGAGUACUGCGCCAAUUUCUCGAGAAAAUUGUCUGCCAACAAGAAGAAGGAUGUCGAUGUGUCGAUUUUGGCUGGACAGCGGCUCCACGGAAGGCCACCGUUGACGCCGCUGGAUAUGGUCAUAGAUUUCUACCACAAUGACUACGAAGACGCGGAGCCACCGAAAGUGACGAGCUUGAAGCACACCUACCCUCGUGGCGAGUUCGAGGAGCACGGCGAAGAUCCGCAUUUCGUCACCGAUCCAAGAGGGUUUGGAGUUCUGGUUCAGUAUCUCGCCAGCCAGAUUCUCAAGAAAGGAAGCCCUGUUCAGCUCAAGCUAAAAAAGGUGGUGAGGGAGAUAGCUUACUCCAAAAAUGGAGUCACGGUCAAAGCUGAAGAUGGUUCGACUUACUCAGCAAAUUACGUCGUUGUCUCCGCGAGUGUUGGUGUUCUCCAGAGUAACCUCAUCCAGUUCAAGCCCAAGCUUCCGGUUGGCAGACUUACUCUGUUCUCACUCUCUGUUUCGCUAAGCUUCAUUUUUAUUUCAUCUAUUUCUUACACAAUUAAACGGUUUCAGAUGUGGAAAAGAAUAUCCAUAUCCGAUAUGUCGAUGACGAUAUACACAAAGAUAUUCAUGAAGUUUCCUUACAAGUUCUGGCCAAGUGGCGGACCUGGAACAGAGUUCUUCCUCUACACCCACGUCCAACGUGGAUAUUAUCCACUCUGGCAGCAUCUCGACAACGAGUAUCCAGGAUCGAACAUCCUGAUGGUAACGGUGACCGCGGACGAAUCGAGAAGGGUGGAGCAGUUGUCGAAUGAGGCCAUACAAGCAGAGGCCAUGGCUGUUCUAAAGAAGAUUUUCGGGGACAAGAUUCCAAAUCCGGAGAACAUACUGGUGCCGAGAUGGGGAUCCCAUCGGUUUUUCAAAGGAAGCUAUGCCAAUUGGCCAGCUAACUACAACCAAGAAAAGCACGACCAAUUAGGGGCACCGGUUGGUCCGGUCUACUUUACAGGAGAGCACAAUAGCAAUAAGUUCAUUGGUUAUGUGGAUGGGGCUCACUUGGAAGGUAUUGCUACUGCCAACGAUUUGAUCAAGUGCAUCAAGGGAGAGGGUUGCAAAGGCGACAAGAACAUGAAGAUGUAGAGGGAAUCAAUCAGGACAGCUUUGUUGAAAGUGUCGGUGGUGAUUAAUAAUGCAGCUCUUGGGGAGAUUGAUUGAUUAAGUCAAGAACCCUGAUCGGCAGGGAGAUUUGAUGAAGCCCCCAAGGAUUUGUAACUGGUCAGGGUUGUAAUUUAGGGUGAAUUGGUUGUGGGUUUGGCCUGCAUUUGGCAUAUGGGUUUCUGCUUUGCUUCAAUAAAAAUUAUCCUUUGCACGUCUUAUUAUGUACAUACAAACUAGAAGGAAAGCCCGGUCGGAGGAGUGAGGAGUGUAAUGUGUUCCCUGAAAUCUUUUUUUGGAGUCCAAAAUCUGAUUGCGUAAAAUGGA